AUGAAAGCUAGUCUCUCACUUGUCUUAAUAGCCGGCGCGGGUAUUGUCCAAGGACAUGGCCAAGGCCACGGCUUUCUUCACCGACGUGCGCAAACAACCAGCGCUGAAGCUCUAUCAAGCCCAGACAAGCCCACUCUGACAGGUACCGUUACCAACUGUAACCAGUGGUAUGAUGUUAUUGAGGGGGACUCUUGCUGGGCCAUCACCCAGGACUUUGGCAUCACGCAAGCACAGUUUGAAGCCUGGAACCCAGCCGUUGGCAGCACUACGUGUGUGGUUGAAAUCGGCGUCUCAUACUGCGUAGGAGUCGGUUCGGUGGUGUCAACAACAACAACAACUUCCAGUUCGAUCACGAGUUCCUCUAGUGGCUCAGCAUCAAGUUCAAUAACUGGCACAGGCGCAGUCACUAGCACAAUCACAUCAAAUUCCACAACUACAACAUCCUAUUCAACCCUCUCCUAUAAUACGACGACUAAUCCAGUCACUAUUACGGACUCGACGUGGCCGCCAACUCGGACACAAUCUGGACAACCUAGCUACUCCAAGAAUGGUGAUACUUGUCAGAGUAUUGCCUUGCAACACUCUACGUGGAUGGACCAGAGUGACUUCCUUGAUUGGAAUCCGGCAGUGGGUGAGAAUUGUACCAGCAUAUACUACGGAUACUGGUACUGUAUCGGAAUCAAGCCGCAGACUUCAGUCGGAUACAAUCAGACGGCCGUGCCUCAGUGGUACCCUACAUGGUCAUAUACGGCCCCAGCCGCCAUGGACACCGUUUUCUCUCCCACUCCCGCGCAAAGCGGCCUAGCAAGUGAUUGCCAGGUCUUUUAUAUCACAGAUGAGGGUGAUACCUGUGCAAGCAUUGUCGCCUCCCAGGGUUUUCUUACCGAAGAAGAGUUUCUCGAAUGGAACCCUGCCGUUGGCGCUGAUUGCUCCAACAUCGAGAAAGAAUACUAUUAUUGUAUCUGGAACGGAACAACCCUGCCCUUGCCAUCAACUACAAACGCAUUGCCCUCACCCGUACAGAGUGGCAUUACGUCCAGCUGCACGGCGUGGUAUCAAGCUAGUGACGGCGAUAACUGUGAUCUCAUCCCCGAAGAGUUUGGCACUUUCUCCAAGUCCGAUUUUCUUAACUGGAACCCUGCGGUGCAAACUGAUUGCUCUGGGCUUGUCAUGGGAGAUUACUACUGUGUUGCAGUACCAGGAACCCCUACGACUCGAACUGCAUCGGCAGUCACCUUGCCUACACCAGCUACGCCGUCUGAUACUAUCUCGACUUGCUCAGACUAUUGGCUGGUGGGAACAAAUGAUAAUUGUACGACCAUUGCGGAUGCAAAUGGAAUUCUAGUUGCCACCCUGGAGACCUGGAACCCUUCCUUGAAGUCAGAUUGUAGUGGACUGAGCUCCAAUACAUAUAUUUGUGUCGGGAUUCCCAGCAAUGAUACCAGUACAACGUCCUCUACAAUAGCCACAGCAAUUACAACAUCCGGGGCUGCAACACCGUCGCCUACUCAGGAGCAGACGGGCAUGACAAGCGACUGUAUUCGAUUUUACAAGGUCGAGACUGAUGAUAGCUGCUAUGCUAUUGCCCAGGAUGCAGGGAUAGCAUUAAGUGACUUCUACAGCUGGAAUCCUGCUCUUGAUGGCGACUGCACCGGCCUUCAGGCAAACGUGUAUGUCUGCAUCGGCAAGAGCGGAUACGCGACUACCAUCACAACUGGGACACCUAUUCCCGUAACGCCAACCCCAACCCAAACCGGAAUGGUGACCGGCUGUCUUCGCUUCUUCGACGUGCAAAGCGGAGAAGGUUGUUCUGAUAUAGCGUCUGAGGCGGGAAUUGCCCUAUCUGACUUCUAUAGCUGGAACCCGGCUGUAAGCACAAACUGUGCAGGUUUACAAGCCUCUGUAUUUGUGUGUGUUGGCACUACAGGGCCUAUUACGACAAUCACUAGCGGGACUCCAGUUCCGGCUGAGACUACCAACUAA